AUGAUGCGGUCGAUCGCCGUCGCUCUGACGACGUACGUGCUCGUAUGUUUUAUUACAGCGGCAAAGGAGCAUGUAAGGUCAGGAUAUGAAGCGCGCUGCACACCGCGCGGGUACCGCGAACCAUUGCUGGUCGUCGGCAGUCUGCUCACGCGUCGCCGCCGUGAGGGAACGCAAUACUUAUCUCGCCACAACGAGAGCAGGACUUCUGAA